CGCCGAUCCUCGAAAGGCGUGGCCGAGGGAGACCAUUGGCCGUCGCACCCAACUCCUCGUCGCCGGUCCAAUCGUUGUCGUCUCCUCCGUAGAAACAAAUAACAAUCUAUUGUAACCAUUAUUGCUUUGAAACUGGAGAAUGCUGCACAUAUGUGUUGAAAGAAUAUGGCUAGGUGGUUCCUGUUCGGUAAGGUCGAAAGCUCUGGAUUUCUAUGUAAAUCUCAGUCUGGAUUUAGUUAUCAGCAGAAGUGUAGUUUGGUGAACGUAAAGUUGAAAUGGGUGAAAGAUAAGGCGCUAGAUGCUGCUGUGAUAGUUGAGAAAGAUCUCAAAGCAGCCUGCACUCUCGCUACCAUUAUAUCCUCCACACCUCAACGUCGCCUUCCUAUUUAUCAUCUCUCCUGUCAUCGUGGACAGCUAGGUCUUCCCAAAGAUCUCAAGCUCUCCACUUUUAUUAGGAGAUACCCUUCAGUUUUUCUUGAGUCACAUUUUCUCGACACUGGAGGAACUCGUGUCCCAUGCUUUGGCUUAACUCACGAAGCUGUAGAGCUACACGAGGAAGAGCUCCACCUUGUCGAGCAAAAUGAGAUGGAUCUACUCAAUAGGCUCCGCAAACUUCUCAUGCUCACCAGAGAUUGGACCCUUCCUUUACAAACCAUAGACCAGCUGAAAUGGGACUUUGGAUUGCCAUACGAUUACCAGCAUUCGUUUAUUCCUCGUCACCCUGAUCUAUUAUCGUUUGUCCAACUUCCUGACAAACGAGUUGGCUUGAAGCUCAACAUCUGGGACGAUGACCAUGCUGUCUCCGAAUUGCUGAAGAAUUCUGCAUCGCAACCAAAGCAACAAGACACAAAGAAUGACUGCUUAGCCUUUCCAAUCGGAUUCACGAGGGGUUUUGGGUUGAAAAGAAAAUGCAUGGAGUGGCUAAAAGAGUGGCAGAGGCUCCCCUACACUUCUCCAUACUCGGAGGCCUCCUAUUUGGAUCCACGCACUGAUGUAUCCGAGAAGAGGAUUGUCGGAGUCUUUCAUGAACUUCUUCACCUCACCAUACAAAAGAAAACCGAGCGCAAAAAUGUGAGCAACCUUCGUAAGCCACUGGCCCUUCCUCAGAAGUUCACUAAAGUGUUUGAGCGCCAUCCCGGUAUUUUUUACAUAUCAAAGAAAUGUGAUACUCAGACUGUCAUUCUUAGAGAAGCCUAUGAUGGUCAGAAUCUUUUGCAGAGGCAUUCACUCUCGGAAAUUAGGGAGAAAUUCGCGCGCAUGCUUAGAGAAGGGCUAUUGGACAAGAGCAAGGGUUUGUAUAAGAAAACUAGAAGAGAUGAUAUGGUAGAGGAUCCAUUGAAAUACGAGUGCCAUUUUGAAGUUGAUUCUAGUGAAUCAAGUUCAGAGGAGGAGUUUGAAUAUGCCAACUAUUUUUCUACAGCACUAAAUAAUGGUUGCAAUAACAGAACAUAGAUGCCUUUUAUGAGCAUUUACAAGGUGAAACACCUUUUUUGUUGCAAGUAAUGCACUGUAGGCUGUAUGUUUAGGGUCCUAAAAUCCAUCAGGUAAUAUUUGACAAGCCCGCCCUAAACGCCUUGACCGAAAGAACAACAAUUUUCUUUAGUUCUUUGUAGUUUGUACAAUUCAAUUGUUUCAUUUCCAUCAAAAGGAAGUUGUGAAAGUCUGAAACUAAUCUUAAUAGAAUUUCAAGGGCUCAGUAAAAAGUAACAGCCGGUUUAUCUUGUAUGACUUAACAGCUGGUUUCU